CAUUUAGGGAUCUCUUACUCGCUUGAGCCAUGCCCCUCUUCCGCCUCUCCCUCUUUCGCUCCCUCCACUACCGCCACCAGCGUCCCAAAGCCACCCCUACUCUUCUCCUCUCUCGCUUACUUCACAAUGUUGCGCUUAACCCUGCCUUCGAAAAUCCAAUCCAAAAUCCUCAGACUCCUUCCCCGUCCCCACCCCCACUCCCACGCUCCUACGGCUUCACUUCUGCAGAAGAAGCCGCGGCAGAGCGACGCCGCCGAAAGCGGCGUUUGCGAAUAGAGCCCCCAAUACACGCCCUCCGUGCCUCUGCCCCAUCUGCCUCUCCCACUCGUGACCCUAAUGCCCCGCGGCUUCCAGACAGCACCUCUGCCCUCGUUGGGCAUCGGCUUAACCUGCACAACCGUGUUCAGUCCCUUAUCCGCGCCUCCGACCUAGACGCCGCCUCUCUCCUGGCUCGUUCCUCCGUGUUCUUCUCCACUCGCCCCACUGUCUUCACUUGUAACGCCAUCAUUGCCGCCAUGUACCGCAACAAACGCUUCAACGAGGCAAUUGCUCUCUUUCACUUCUUCUUCAAGCAAUCUGAUCUCGUUCCAAAUGUUGUUUCUUACAACAAUUUGAUUAAUACGCAUUGCGAUAGGGGUGAAGUUGAUACUGCUAUUCAAGUUUACCGCGAGAUUUUGGAGAUGGCGCCGUUUAACCCCUCUCCUGUGACUUAUAGGCACUUGACCAAAGGCUUGAUCGAUGCUGGGAGGAUUGGGGAAGCCGUGGAUAUGCUCAGGGAAAUGUUGAAUAAAGGGCACGGUGCUGACUCUUUAGUUUUCAACAACCUUAUAUCCGGGUUUUUGAAUUUGGGGAAUUUGAACAAGGCCAAUGAGCUGUUUGAUGAGUUGAAAGAGCGUUGCUUGGUUUACGAUGGAGUUGUCAAUGCUACGUUUAUGGAAUGGUGGUUUAAUCAGGGAAAGGAUAAGGAAGCCAUGGACUCGUAUAAGUCGUUGUUGGAUAGGAAAUUUAAGAUGCCUGCUCCCACUUGUAAUACACUUUUGGAGGUUUUGCUUAAACAUGGGAAGACGAAGGAAGCCUGGGCCUUGUUCGAAGAUAUGCUGGAUAAUCAUACCCCUCCUAACACGCAGGCUGUGAAUUCUGAUACUUUUAAUAUCAUGGUGAAUGAGUGUUUCAAGUUGGGGAAUUUUGAGGAGGCCAUUAAAACUUUUAAGAAGGUAGGCACGAAGCCUGGAUCCAAGCCUUUUGCGAUGGAUGUUGCUGGUUAUAAUAAUAUCGUCACCAGGUUUUGUGAGCAUGGUAUGCUAUCUGAGGCGGAAAGAUUUUUUCAAGAAUUGUGUGGAAAGUCGUUGACACCAGAUGUUCCAAUGUAUAGAACCAUGAUUGAUGCAUACUUGAAAGCAGAGCGGGUUGAUGAUGCUUUACAGUCAUUCACAAAGAUGGUUGAGACUGGUUUGAGGGUGGUUGCCAGUUUUGGAACUAGGGUUUUCAGUGAAUUUCUCAAGAAUGGGAAGAACAUGGAAGCCGCAUCACUUUUGACUAAAAUGGGGGAGAAAGAUCCUAAGCCAGAUGCCGCUCUUUAUGAUGUUGUAGUCAGAGGACUUUGUGAUGCUGAUGAGCUGGACAAAAGCCUAGAUAUACUGGACCAGAUGAUGAAGUAUUCUAUUGGUGUUACUCCUGCAUUGCAGGAGUUUGUGCGUGGGGCUUUUGGGAAUGUUGGGCGGAAUGAAGAGAUUGAUAGAGUUUUAAAUGAAAAUAGGUGGAGAUUCCCUAGGCCUCAACCUCGAGCUUUUGGACAACCACCACAGCCACCACGGCCACCCUCAGGACCUGCUGAGAUGGCUGGAUGGCAGUCAUCAGGUUCUCAUCGGAUGGCAGGACAACCACCAUCAGGCUUCCCUCAGAUGGGAGGACAGCAAUAUUCUGGACCUUCUCAAAUGACAGGGCAACAGCCAUUUGGAUCCUCUUAUUUUUCAGGGGAGCAGUAAUUGAGAUCAGCUUAGAUAUUGAUGCAGGGGUGAAAGCUCAAUAGAGACAAAGGGUCAGACCUUUGUGCUUUUAAGCUAGCUGAAAAGGUAAAGAUGGUUAUAAUGUUAUCAAGACAAGGAAAUGAAGGUGAAGGAGGAAAAAGAAGGUGGUGGGUGUUCGUUAUGCAUAUCAAGUCUAUUCUUGUUUUGCAGCAGCUUUAUCAGCAACCAGAGAUAAACUGCAGCUCCAAAAGUUAAGCAGGAAACUUCCUUGCAUUGUAUGUUAGCAUGUUGGAAAUAACAAGGGACUGGGGAUUUGUGCUUUCCUUAUUGCCCACAUCACAUCUCCCGAGAUCUAUUUUAGCAACACAGUAUCUAAAUUUUCUUAUAUAGUUAUCCUUAGCCUUGAGGAGGAUCCAUAUUAGUCCUGCGAUGUUGCUUAUCAUAAUGCUUGAUUGCAAUUUUUUCAAGGGUAUUAACGAAUUGAAUAUAAAUGAAUUUUAGUAUGUUUGUGAUUUGUUCAUCUAAUUAAAGAAUCAUGAAAUAGUGUUUAUAAUUGUUUGUUAAAUUUAGUAAUUGAACAUAAAGAAAUAGAAAUUGAGUCUGCUUAUAAAUUUUUUGUUGGAUGUUUUGUUUUUUUAUACUCUGGGUGUAAAUGCUCAUACAUGAACAAAUUUUGUUAUAUUCAUGAUUUAUUUGUUUAAUUAAUGAACAUUGAAAUGUGUUCGUAAUUAUUUAUUAAGUUUAAUAAAAGAAUAUAAAUGAAUAAAAUUCAAGCAUAUUUAUGAAUUUAUUCGAUGAACGUUUUCUUUGAUAACAACUCCAGUUAUUUUACCUGAGAACAGUAACUAGGUCUUUUACCGGAGAAUAGCGAUGCAAAGCCUGGGUGCCAUCUCUAGUGGAAUGGUUUUGAUUGACCCUUAGUCUAAAGCAGCUUCAGCAUCU